AUGGCUGGCUCCUUCACUCUACCUUUGCGCCCUCUUCUUGACGACCGCGACCGCCCAGACACACUGCCUGCUGAGAUUGCUCAAAUCAACAACCAGUGGGGCUCAUUUCGCGAUGUGAACGAAGAUGUUCUUCGGACCAAGAUUGCCGAAGAAUAUAAAGAUGAUCUGGAUGAGGACGAGGGCGACCAGAGUGCAUCGGAUCUUGACUCGACAGAGCGCUUGGAGCAAUUGUACAAGCGACGUAAAGACAUCAUUGAUUUCGCUACGCAAGCUCAUAUGGAGGCCAUGUUUGCCGUUGAUUUCGUUUCUCUCCUUCUGUCCAAAAACACACCGCGCCAAGCCGAAGCUUCCAUGUCGGCCUUUCUCAAGCAAAUCGCACCUCUUGGCUCGCUCAACGCCGAGAUUGUGAACCCUCCCCCAAAGCCAGAUUCCACGACGAAAGAUAUAUCAGCCGUAUCGAGAGGAUGGCGCAUCCAGAACUUCAACGGGGCGGCAAACAAACUUCUCCAAGCUGCCUCCAGGCUUGAAAACGAAGUCGCAUCGGAGACUCGAUACUGGAAUGAAGUGUUGACUGUCAAAGAAAAAGGAUGGAAGGUCUCCCGACUUCCCCGUGAAAGGCAAGCACUUGGCGUGCAAUAUGGUUUCCUCGAAGCUACACCCGUUUUCCGUGACCGCGGACUCGCUUCCCUACGACGCGGCGAGAAUGGUAGUUUGAUACUGGACAAAGGACUGAUCCCUCCCAAGGCUCGUUUUGUCCGGGUACAGGUGAUGCAGGAUGGGCAGCUCACUGGCCGCUCUAAACCGACGAGUCCCAGGAAUGAUGAACAAACAAUCGAGAGUCGAAUUUUGCAAGCGCGGGAUACACUUUAUGAAGAGGAGCUAUUCCAUGAGCUUGUCCGAGAAGCUAGAGCGACCGCGAACUACGGCGUGACGACCCGCCAGAACCUCAUUCGAAUCCCUGCUUCCGAUAACCUUGAAAUUCUGCUGGACCUGGUGGAUGUUGAUGAAAACGACCUGCAAUCUGAUCAAGAUAUUUCACAAGAAGGAACCCGCAUUGCAGAAGGCUUGUCCCAUACGAUCCGCAUCUUAUUGGCAUAUGCCCACCGUCAAAACUUGCACCGACGGACCCUACUUCCGCUGCCAUUGACCCCGAAGAAACGAUCUGUUCCUGAACACCAGCUUUUCCGUCCGGCCCUGGCUUACAUCCAGCACAUGUCCCAUGUACUGUGGCUCCAGUCAUUUUUGAAAGAUAUCUUAGGUGUCCUGCACUCGGCCGCCUUGGACAUCCCAGCGUAUACCAAACAUGUCUUUUCGACAAGAAUGGCGCAGACCUCUUCCGCCCCGACAGCUGAGGCAGUCGUUGAAAGGUUCCUCACUCCAUUUGAGUCUACAUUCAGCGGCAAAUUGUUGACUCCUCGGGGCUCUUUCUCUAUCGCAAUUCACACCAAUCUUUCCUCUCCCUCGUUCGGCACCAGCUUUGACGUGUCAUGCAAUAUGCCCAAUUACCUCGAUAUUAAGUCCCCCGGUCGCCUUUCUCUCAGAGAAGAAGUGCAAGCUGCUAUUACGCAUCUCUUACUACUUGAUGUUGUCUUUACUACCUCAUCUAACAGUCUUCCACCGUCUAAGCCCGAAAAUGACACACAAGAGAAUCGCGUCUGGGAAGCAGUUUAUCCUCAACAUGGUGAGCUUGUGCUAUCAUCCUCGAACCCCGAAAGACACAGAAAGAUCAAGCUUGCCCUGUCCCGUCAUGAGCUAUCUCUCCAGACGUACACUGUGCGCUGUAUUGAUGGCACCGGGCGUGGGAAAUGGGAGCAACCCUCACAAACCCCCAAGCAAUACACCUGGGGAACCCCUUCUGCAUCCACACAAUCUCUUAUGGCGGUUGUGUCCGAGGCAUCAAGGUGA